CACAAACUCAGUUCUCAGUAAACAAGCUGGUGAAAGUGAGUAGGACGUGGACCGGGACUCUCAGGUAUGAACACACAGGACAGGAGAGUUUUUAUAUUUCUCAGUUCCUGCUUUAUGUAGAUUGUAGUUAUACUAACAUCUUAAACUUGUGCUGCAUCUGGGUUUGUCACACUAUAAACAGAGACACACAGGAAACAUGACUUGUGAUGGAUUAGCAGCUCUCACAGUCUAAAUGUUCCUUCAUAAAUAGCCAGAGGAUAAACCAUGAGUGAUGAUUCAUGGGAAGAUGAGUUUCAACCCCUUAUUUCCUGCUGUCUUUGUAUUUCUGUUGAUUGGUGUCAGCAAGACUUUCUACCAUAUGCAUAAUGCUAUUGUUAGCAUGGUAGCUGCUCAGGGUGACACCUACUCAACGGUUGGUUCAGGAGGAGACACUGUGGUUUAUCCUCUUGGGGUAAAUAAUGUCUGAAUUCUGUUGGUACCAAAGGUAUUCACUAGUUUCAUGACAACAAGACAGCAGAACAGCCAGAACAAGCAAACAUAAAACCAAGGGAGGGAAAUACAUUUCAAACUGGAAUAAAUGAAAACAAGAGGAAAUGGAAAAUAAAACUAACCCUGGUCUAAAAAGGUGAUCUCAGUUACAAGGUGAAGUAUCCUAGAGUCCCACUCUGAUUUUUUUUGUUUACUACUUAAAGUAUUCUCAGUGGCCUUUUAAUUGUGAUUAUAAAGUUAUUUUUUGCCAAAAUCAUGUCACCUGUCAUUUUCAAGAGAUUUUCUUCUGCAGAGCUCCAGUAGCUCAUUAGAAAUUCACCUCUGAGUCGUGGGUGGAGACAGCGCUGCUCUGCACACUUGUCUUCACGCUAGCCUGCAGCCUAACAUUGCUGGUGUAGUAGCAGUAGCAGGUAACAUAGGAGCUACUCAGCUCUUGGACACUUAUGUCUUUAAGGACAUGAUAAAAGUUUAUAUCAUAAUCAGCUUUCUUACGAGCAUUGCAAUCCGCUAACGCACUCACUUGUUCCGCGAUCGUCCUCUCUACUUCUCUGAGUCUAGCCUGCAGAGCAGAGCUCGGGGGGUGGAGCUUGGAGUUAUAACAUAGGAAAUCUCACUCCAUCUGAGCCUGCUGUUCGGGUCUGCCGGAGGUUCACAGCGAUUUGAAUGCCGAAAUACUCAGAAAUGCAAUUUUGCACUUACUCUUCACAUGAUAUGUCCUGUAGCAUCUGAAAAAUACCAUAUGAACAUGGAGACAACAAGGAAAACACGAUAUUCAUUAGUGUGGGCCUUAAAAGCCAGAUCAGAGUAGAGCCAACAGGACUUUAUGAGAAGUCUCUGAGAUUACAGGUCAGAAUACUCUGUAGAGAUACAAAAUAAUAAUGAUCAUUAUCAUGUGCAUAUAAAACAUGCUGUUUCAGAUGCUGUUUUGGUAAAUGUAAAACAAAGUGCCCUCUGGAUGUUAAAAAUUAGAUAAAAACAAAGUUCCCCUGUGAUUGCUUUAACAAAAAAACAAAAUGUAAAAGUAACCUCUGAUUGCUCUUUCAUUGGAAUGAUUGAAAACAAAGUGCCCACUGGUUUGUCUUGCUCCUCAGUGGAUAAAGUACAAACAAGGGCUCUUUGUUUGCUCUUUAAGUUGAUAUAAUGAGUCAGUGCUCUCUGGAUCCUUUGUUAGCAAAUGAAAUGCGAACAAAGUACCUAGUGGUUGCUCUCCAAGAAGAUAAAGUAUAAUCAAAGUGCUCUCCAGUUGCUCUUUUAGUGGAUAAACUACAGGCCAAGUGCACUUUGGGUACCUUGUUAGGAAAAACAUAAACACAGUGCCCUCUUGGUGCUCUUAUCGUGGAUCAAAUGUGAACAAAGUACCUAGUUGUUCUUCUAGUGGGUAAUUAAUGGUAAUUAAGUGCUCUCUAGUUGCUUUUUAGUGCAUAAAUGUUGAAAGUGAAUCUUCUAGCUGUUCUCUUAAUAUUUGAGCUUACAAAUGAAACAGAAAUUUUGUCAACAAAGUUACAGAGUUACAGACAUUACAGAGUGUUAAAAUACAACGAUAUCGGUCUCCCCCUUCUCCUCUAUCAUAGGAGCAGAGAUGGGUUUGGGGAGUAAGCUGGACGUCCCGGUCUGCGAUCUCUCUCUGCUCAGAGGGAUCUGGGAGGUCCGAGUGAAGAAACACAGACAGAGACAGAAGAAGGAGCAGGAGAGGAUUGAAAAGAGUGCGCUCCCAAAGUAAGAUGAUCAGAGUUGUAAAAUAACAACACAUCAGCUGUCACAGUCAGUUCUAGAAAAACACAUUUACUCAAGUACUGAGGUACAGCUUAGGGGAUAUGACUAAGGACAAAAACUGUCAUUUUAAAAAGUGUAGAUUGAAAAAGUUUUACAAAAGUGUGCAUGUCAAGAUGGAGUUUUUGUGCAACAUUUAACAUGGAGGUUUGUGCUCAAAAUAUGCACAAAAGCCUGUGUUUAUGUGUAGUGUUUACUCUCUUUUAUGAGCCUCAAAUUUACCAUCCGCUUUACAAAUCCCAAACAAGCUGUCAACAAUUUCUGUGCAAUGACGAUUGGACUUUUUUAAUCUCUGAGUCAGAAUUACGCUCUGCAGAAUGUUGUUAGUCAUUUACCGAGCAAGUCACAGCUGAUUUUAGCAGUAUGAACACACAUGCUACUAUUUAUAUCCUUGUAUCAUUGCUGUGGUAUAGCAGGUCAGCGUCUGGCUUCCAGACAGCAGAAAGGUCAGGAGUUUGGAGACUGACCCAGAACAUCCAGUCUGCCUGAAUUCUGAUAUGAAGCUGCAGACGCUCUGUUAAAAUAUCUGUGUGUGUGUGUGUGUGUGUGUGUGUGUGCGUGUGUGUGUAUAGAAUCGACCAGCAAUGGCAGUAUCGUAUCUACUGUAAGACACUGAAGACACAUGAACGUAACCUGCUGCAUCAUUACCUGGAGAGAUCUACACUGCCUGAUACCCAGCCCCAUACAGGUAAACAUACACAGGUGUACCAGGGUUACAGGUUGUCAGGACGACCUGACAUACAACGCUUAAGGUGAGUGUACUGCAACACUUCUGUUUCGGAUAUCUGGGUUCUGCUGCUUCCUGCUGUGUUUUUUAUUUUUUAUUUUUUAUUCAGAUUAGUUCUUUAUUCCUCCAAACUGUUCUCAGUGUAAUCCACGAUCACAUUUCCCCACAUUUCAUUUGUUGAUGUGUUCAUCAGAAACAGAGCAGCCAGAGCAGAAAGACCAACAGGAUCAUGCAGAUCAGGAGCAGAACAAGCUGGUGUUUAGGCUGGAUGGAGAUCGUUGGAUGGUAAGCAAACAUGAUGAGAACUGACUUACAUUACACUGUUUAAGUCUCUAAUAAAAUGUUUUCAUGUGAAUUUUCUCGGCAGAACUUCCCCAAAGAGCUGCAGUGGAUGACCUACCUGAAAGAGUGGCACGUCACACGGACAAGGAUCUGCCGGCUGCCUGAAUACUUGGCGGCGUUCACCCAGCUCACCGUGCUGGAGAUCCCCAAAAACACUAUCGCAGAGCUGCCACCUGAGAUCAGUGAGGAUAGAAGAUGGACUGUUAAUCCAUAAAGCACAACCUAAAGUUCCUGGCCAAGUUUGAUCAUGACCUUUAGAUAAAGCAGUGGAAGAAAUGUUUGUGUGUUACAAGACAGACAGGAAACACCAAAUUAAAAGCUCUUCUUCUCUGUCUCCAGGUAAACUCACAGAGCUGAGGGAGUUAAAUGUCAGCUACAAUCGCCUGCUUAAAGUUCCUCCAGAGCUCGGAAACUGUGAGAAGCUGGAGAGGCUUCAACUGGCAGGAAACCACAGUCUAUCUGAGCUUCCAUUUGAGGUGAGACCAUAGACUGCAUAUAGACUACAUACAGUACAGGCCAAAAGUUUGGACACACCUUCUCAUUCAAUACAUUUUCUUUAUUUUCAUGACUGUUUACAUCGUAGAUUCUCACUGAAGGCAUAAAAACUAUGAAUGAACACGUGGAGUUAUGUACUUCACAAAAAAAGGUGAAAUAAUUGAAAACAUGUUUCAUAUUCUAGGUUCUUCAAAAUAGCCACCCUUUGCUCUGAUUACUGCUUUGCACACUCUUAGCAUUCUCUCGAUGAGCUUCAAGAAGUAGUCACCUGAAAUGGUUUUCCAACAGCCUUAAAGCAGUUCCAAGAGGAGUUUAGCACUUGUUGGCCCCUUUGCCUUCACUCUGCGGUCCAACUCACCCCAAACCAUCUCGAUUGGGUUCAGGUCCGGUGACUGUGGAGGCCAGGGCAUCUGCUGCAGCACUCCAUCACUCUCCUUCUUGGUCAAAUAGCCCUUACAUAGCCUGGAGGUGUGUUUGGGGACAUUGUCCUGUUGAAAAAUAAAUGAUCGUCCGUAGUCAAUCCAUCCGUUCACCUUUUCUGCGUCUCACAAAGACACAGCGUUUGGAACCAAAGAUCUGGAAUUUGGACUCAUCAGACCAAAGCACAGAUUUCCACUGGUCUAAUGUCCAUUCCUUGAGUUUCUUGGCCCAAACAAUUCUCUCUGACUCUUAACAGUUGUUGUAGAGAUGGGUCUGCUGCUAGAACUCUGUGUGGCAUUCAUCUGGUCUCUAAUCUGAGCUGCUGUUAACUUGCGAUUCCUGAGGCUGGUGACUCGGAUGAACUUAUCCUCAGAGUCAGAGGUGACUCUUGGUCUUCUUUUCCAGGGUCGGUCCUCAUGUGUGCCAGUUUCGUUGUAGCACUUGAUGGUUUGGGGGACACAUUUAAAGUUUUUUCAAUUUUACGGACUGACUGACCUUAAUUUCUUAAAGUAAUGAUGGCCACUCGUUUUCUUUAGUUAGCUGAUUGGUUCUUGGCAUAAUAUGAAUUUUAACAGCUGUCCAGUAGGGCUGUCAGCUGUGUAUUAACCUGACUUCUGCACAACACAACUGAUGGUCCCAUCCCCAUUGAUAAAGCAAGAUAUUCCACUAAUUAACCCUGAUAAGGCACAUCUGUAAUGUGAAAGCCAUUUCAGAUGACCACCUCUUGAAGCUCAUCGAGAGAAUGCUAAGAGUGUGCAAAGCAGUAAUCAGAGCAAAGGGUGGCUAUUUUGAAGAAACUAGAAUAUGAAAGAUGUUUUCGGUUAUUUCACCUUUUUUUGUGAAGUACAUAACUCCACAUGUGUUCAUUCAUAGUAUUUAUGCCUUCAGUGAGAAUCUUCAAUGUAAACAGUCAUGAAAAUAAAGAAAAUGUAUUGAAUGAGAAGGUGUGUCCAAACUUUUGUCCUGUACUGUACAUACAGUCUAUAGGUGAGAAAGGCCAAAGGGGAUAAUAUAUUAUGUGGACAGAAGUUGUAGUAAAGUCAGAAUAGCAUGAGGAUUAAGUCAUACUGUUACAAGAUGAUAAGGAUGUCCUGAUAUAAUAUUGAUAUCGCAUAUCUGUCUGAUAUUAGCCAAGAAACGAAUAUCGGAUUAUAUUGGCCUGCAUCUAAAAUCUCAGAUAUCAGCACUGUAAUACAAGUAGUCCAUUCCAGACUCUGCUUCGGCACCCUGUCUAGCAGCGUCUGGAUCUAGCAUGCAGAGCCCAGGUAAUCACAACGACAGUGUGUACCAAGGUACGAACAAAGUAUCAAGGAGUAGGAGUGAUGUGACAGUAUUUUUUGGAAAAGUCUGAAAAAGACAUUGCAGCUGAGUGCAAAACAUGUCAUGCGCAAUUUUGUGCCAAUAUUGGAUUAAUAUCAGUUUCGGCUAAUACUGAAGGCUACAAUAUCGAUAUCGUAUUGGAAGUUAAAAAGUUGUAUUGGGACGCCCCAACAAGAUGAUGUCACAAUGUUGAUGAUGUCACUCUGUCAGCUGAGCAGCCUGAAGCAGCUGGUUCACCUGGACAUUGCGGAGAACAGGUUCAUAUCAAUCCCCAUCUGUGCUCUGAGGAUGAUCAGCCUGCAGCUAUUGGACCUGAGCAACAACAAACUGACCGACCUGCCAGAGGACAUGGACAGGUAACUUAUGACAUUAUGGUUUCAUCACCAAUAAUGGCAAAUGUUUAAAAGCUGUUAUGAAUGAGUAGUUUUUAAUUGCAGAGUAUUUGUGUGUAUAAACACUGGAACGUUUUGUGUAUCUCUGCAGGUUGGUGCAGCUGGCCACCUUGUUUGUCCACAGAAACCGCCUGACUUACCUCCCUCAGAGUCUCACCAACAUCUCUACGCUGAAGAUGAUCGUCAUUAGUGCUGAUGAGCUCCACUGUGUCCCAACCAAACUGUGCAGUAAUCCUGAAAUCAAGUACAAAAACACACCUGUAUAACACCUCUCACCUAAAUCUGUGAAUUGGGGACUGGCAAGUUUAAAUAAUGUAAAAAUAAAUUACAGAAAGGCAAGUUAUGGAAAACAUAAUGUGUUAAAGAUCAAAGACCAGUCUGCUCAUUGUAGAGUGAAAAAAGGAAGUGUAGAGGACCCAGAAUAAAGCCUUGUGGAACUCCUUGAAAAGAUUAGCUUAAUCAAAAAUACCAACAAAUAAGGAUGUUGUGUCAAGAUUUUUAAAUUUUAGUCAUUCUUUGAAAUGAGUUGCUCAUACUCAAACAUGAAAUGAUCAGAUAUUGUAAAACAGAGAAUAUAAAUCGUAGCUCCUGCAUGAGGACUUUGAUUGGAUGAAGUUUCCAUGACGAUAUGCAGUCUGAGGAAUCACUGGAAAUUGUGAAGUACAGAUACAUCUGCUGUCUGCAACCACUUUGCUUGUGACAAAUAUCCAGCUGAUUCCCCUUUUGUUCUGCAGGUUUAUUCGACUGUACGACAACCCGUCGAGUGCAGAGAGAAGGAAGAAGAAAGAGGAGGAAAAGAAAGAGAAAAAGAAGAAGAGGUGGAGAGACCCAAAAGAGGAGGAGGAGGUGAAAAAAGACAGUGGAGAGAAAGAGUUCAUGGAGGCGUACAUCAGCUCACUGCAAGACAGAGGUGAGCCUCCACAGAGCUGGUUUUGUUUCGACCAGCUCACAUUAUUCUUUGGAUUUUAAAGGUCCAGUCUGUACAUUAGGGAUACUAAGCAACAUAUGGCGGUAAAGUGCUAGAGUAAACCGGUUCCUCGCCAAUCUCUCCUGUAACCACAGUAACAGUGGCCAUCGAGGACCAGAAGAGAUUUUCGUGAUAAAGAUGGUGUCAUCCACAAAAGAAGCAAUUCAGUUGUUAAAGAGAUGGGGUGGCAGUGUUUUUAGUUAUUUAUCCAAACAGAUGUAGUUUAUGGUUCAAUUCUGAGAUAUCCAUUAUGAGUUCAAGUAAGUAGUAAUACAAAUACACCACUGAAAUGAGGUAAAAUGGGCUUAGUAUCUUACGAUAACCAUUUGAACACAGACACUUAUAAAGCUUUUACAGUCAGAACAGGGUCAGAAGAAUCAACACAAACUGGUCUGCACACGAAACGGUACUGACAUUUUCAAAUUCAGCAUUUCGAUUCCAAGUCUGACUAUUCAAUCACAGUGAGAUAAACUAGUUUACGUGCUGUUUGUCCCUCACCAGAUACCGUCCCCUUCUCCACCACAAAGGUCUCCAUUUCCUGUGUGCUGUGAGAAAGAGGAGGAAGAGGAGGAGAGAGAGAGUGUGAGUGACGGACAGAUCACUCAGAGCUGCACUUUUCAACAACCAAACCAUAGUGACACAUACUGUAUGUUCUUGUUUCUGGUGUAGUAUGAGCCCUGACAACUGAGUCCGUUUGCAGUCAGAGAACCCAAUCAUACAUUUAAAUGAACCUGUCUCAAUUUAUGAAAGUUAGUGAGCAAAUUCAGCGUGUUUGGUCUGUGAAAGUACUGAGAUUCAGCAACUGUGAGAAUAUAAGGGUGAGUGCGUGGAGAGGACAGACAAAGAGAAAAUAAUAGAGAAACAGGAAGAAAAGUAAGAGCAGAAAGGAGACCGACAGUCAAGGUUUUCCGCCCGGUCUGCAGCUGUACUCGAGAGUUUGAAGGAUUUAUGUUUCUACUUUGAAUUAUGGUGACUAAAAUAGUUUUUCAGCUCCUUGUGAAAAUAUCUCAGUUUGUUUUGGCUUCUAAAAUCAAUUUUCAGGUUAAAUAAACUUUGCAACAAUAAUUAGGAUCUUGAUAGUUGACAAAGAAGUGCUUUUCAGCUUUUUUCAUAGUUUUAAAAAACAAAUGUUGGACAUCAGUGCUUUACAUGAGCUAAGUUUCAGACUGAGGGUUAAUGUGUGUUGAAGGAUCCCCAGAUGGGACUACAGGGGGCUCUGAAUGGUUCAUUCAGGAAGUCACAUGAGAAUUCAGCAAGAUCAAUAUGAGAUCUUUUCGAAUGGUGACAGCUCAAGACAGUGGACCUUCUUAAAAGGGCAAAUUUGCCAUGGCAACAGUAAAGAGGCUUUCAAAAUGCUGGUCUCUGGAAUACUGGGGGGCCCUGAAGAGACAGUGGCUUGUAAAGAGUUAAAUAUGUUGAGAGUUUGUUGAACUGUAAGUCCUGUAAAGCUGCUAAAAAGUGAUCAGAGGGAUGAUAUAAAUCCAUACUAACAAGAAUAAUACUGCCUCUUUAAGUAGCAGGGGUAAGGCGAUACAUUUGGAGGACAGCCAGUAAAGAAAGUCAGUCAACAGAGUUUUUAGACACUCCAAAUUGAGGAUUUUCCAAACUGGAAAGUUUUGAAGAUGCUGUUUAGUCGUUUUCAUGUUUUGGGAAACACUAACUCCGAUUGGGUGACUGUGUUUGACGUGCAUGGAGGAUUGGCUGAGAUGGCGGCCUACAGGUGGGAUUAUUUCCGCUACUCACUGUGAAGUUUGAGUGAAGCUUCAGAAGAAGAUGUUUCUAUUAACAUACCGGGGCACCAUGGCAAAAACACCGCUCAACAGUUCCUCCUUUGAAAAAAUAAAAACUCUCGUUCAGAGAAAAAUGCAGAAACUAAAACUCCUGAUCAGCAGGUGUUAAUAAUGUUCAAUCAGUUCAUCACAUCUUGGUUGAAUAUCAGGUGUUUCCGAUCAUUCUGACAAAGUCUGGGUUUGUGGUGGUUCAAUGUCUUUGUGAUCAGCUGGACUUGGGGGUGAAGGUGGUAAAUAUUGUGACCAAAUGAGCGGUGGGAGUUUGUUCAUCAGAUUAAAAUCAGGGAUUUAUGGUUCAAACUGUUUGUUCUUCUAAAUCAGCUCCAAACUAAAAAUUGAAUUGAAUGAGUUUCUGAAUAAAGCAAUUAAUGCAGCACAUUUACUGACUUCAUUUCCCAGUUUGCCAUGAGCCCCCCCCUCAAAAUGAACAGAUGAAAUGUUUGUUUUCUAUUUUUAUACUGUAGAUUUAUACUGAAGUGUGUUCCUGUGUGUGACGCUUUGAUUGAAGUGGGCCAGACAUUUUCAUUUUCUUCAGUUUUUGCUUGUCUUUUGAUGAAUAAAGUGUUUUAUAACUUUGACAAAUACAUUUUCC